AUUCUAAUGUUCCAACCCUAUAGUGUAAUCACAAUAAGUAUUGCAGAUUAUAACUUAGAUCUGAUGGAUUGUAUAGUUUAAGGCCAGAAUUAAAGAGGAGGACUAUAUUUAGGGAAUAUAGAAAGUGCUGGAAACGGAAAUUUAUUAGGCCACUAUAAAAUUGGUGCCAUUUUGACUACUAUGAGUUCACAGGAAUAUAUAUAUGAUGGGAACAUCUCUUCAAUGGUAAAUGUCGAUUCCUAAUAGCUCUAAGUUUAUCCGUGUAGAUGAUGCCGACUUCGUUAAUUUAAGCUAAUAUUUUUAAUAGGCAAUUGAUUUUAUCGAUUAGAAUAGACUGUUUACGAAUGUUCUAGUGCAUUGCUAUGCUGGAAUCUCGCGAUCAGCAACGAUUGUAAUUGCUUAUCUAAUGAAAUCAUAUAAAAUGACUUUGGAUGAGGCAUAUAAAUAUGUUCAGUAACAUAGGCCUAUCAUUAAUCCCAACCCUGGGUUUAUGAAGCAACUUCAAUAAUAUGAAGCCUAUCUAUUUGGUUUUAAUGUUCUUCGAAAUUCAUCAAUUCAUUAGAAUGAGAUGAUGAAAAUUUAGAAUUACUCGAUGCAGAUCGCAAAUCCUGAAUUCCAAUUUUAUAAUAUUGAUUUCAAUUAAAAUUUGAGCAACUCUCAAGUAUAAUAAACAAACCUCAUUAAUUCAUCAAACUAAAAAGAAAAUUAAGAUAAUAAACUGUAAUAUAUUUAUGCUUAUAACUUUAAUCAGGUAUUCGCAAUAUCCUAUAGGUUCUCCACGCAAUUUUCAAUAAAUGGGUGUCACAUGGACUCCAGCACUUCCACAAAAGGAAUUUAAUGGCUAAUAUCCAAAUUAUCGCAGUGUUGAGUUUAUAUAAAAUUGACACAUAUUUAAA